AUGUCAAACCCUUGGCUCCACCAAAGUGGUGCUUCCGCCCUGAAACCGUCGCCUCUCACCGCUGGUGAGGUCCCCCCGCCGCCCCUUAUCCCUCCCGACCCUCCUCCUGAACCUUCCUCCCCCUUCUCCCCGCAAAACUACCCCCCUCUUGGUACUCCUGUUCUUGGUUCCUCAAAACAGUCUUCUUCCAAAAAGAAACCUGUUAACUUGUCUGUUACUAACCUUGUUGCUGAUGUUGGGCAUCAGCUUCGUGCUACUACUACACUUCCUGCAGUUCCCAUUGGUUCAAUUCAAUGUGCAAUCUGGAACUACUGUUGA